CAAAACUCAGUUUCAAGUCAAUCAACGUUUACUGUUAUUAUCAUGACAAAUGAUGAUGGAACAUCAUCCAAUAUUGAUUUCUUGUUCUAUGAUGUUUUCCUAAGUUUCAGAGGCGAUGGUGGAACCCGCUACGGAUUCACAGAUCAUCUCUAUACUGCACUUCGUCAAAAAGGAAUUUUCACUUUCAGAGAUGAUGAAGAACUCAAAAUAGGAGCUGAAAUAAGAGUUUCACUUUAUAAAGCUAUAGAAAAUUCAAGAAUGUUGGUGGUUGUGCUAUGUCAGAACUAUGCAUCUUCCACUUGGUGUCUUGAUGAACUUGCUCAUAUCAUUCACUGUUCCGGUAAAAAAGGGAAUCAGGUUUUGAUCAUAUUUUACAAAGUGGAACCUUCUGAUGUUUGGAAUGUGAAAAAUUCUUAUGAAGCUGCCAUGAUUGAGCAUGAAAAUCGAUUUGGGAGAGACUCUGAGAAGGUCAAAGCUUGGAGGAACGCUUUGUCCUCUGUUCGUCACCUACCAAGUCAACACUACAACAACCAAAUGUAUGAACCUGAGUUUGUCAAGAAGAUUGUUGAAGAAACCUCGGCUAAAUUACCUCCCGUCCCUUUACCAAUGAAACACAUAGUUGGACUUGAUUCUCGAUUUGAAAUGGCGAAAACACUUUUCCAUUUUGAGUCUCGUGAUACCGUUUUAAUGCUGGAAAUUUACGGAGCUGGGGGAAUAGGCAAAACUACAUUCGCCGUGGAUAUCUAUAACAAGAUCAGGCAUCAAUUUGAAGCUUCGAGUUUUCUUGCUAGUGUUAGAGAAAAAUCAAACAAAAGCACCAAAGGCCUGGAAGAUCUCCAGAAGACACUUCUAUCUGAGAUGGGUGAGGAGACAGAGACAAUGAUGGGAAGUACUUUUGGAGGUGGACUUGAAAUCAAGCGCAGGCUUGGCCAUAAAAGAGUUCUUCUAGUUCUUGACGACGUUGAUACAAUAAACCAACUAGAAGCACUAGUUGGAGGAUGUGACUGGUUUGGUCCCGGUAGCAAGAUCAUCAUAACAACAAGGGACACAUCAUUGGUAGAUAAGCAUGUGAUGGAUGGUGCUAUCGUUGAAAAAUAUAAAAUGGAAGAGUUGAAUGGUCACCACUCUCUGGAACUCUUUUGCUGGCAUGCCUUUAAUACCAGUAAUCCUGAAGAAAACUUUGAAGGUGUUUCUAGUCUUGCUGUGAGUUAUGCAAAGGGCGUUCCAUUGGCUUUGAAAGUAAUAGCCUCCAAUGUGAAGGGUGGGAGCCCAAUGGACUGGGAAAGGGAAUUGGACAAAUAUAAGAAAAUUCCAAAUGCUGAGAUUCAAGGAGUACUCGAAAUAAGCUAUAUUAGUUUGUUUGAGCUGGACCAGAAAACUUUCUUGGACAUUGCUUGUUUCUUUAAAGGGGAGAGAUGGGAGUAUGUUGAAAGGAUACUAAAGGCUUGUGGUUUCUUCCCAAGUAUUCGACCAUUUGUUACAAAAUGUCUCAUAAAUAUUGAUGAAAAUGGCUGCUUGGAUAUGCAUGAUCUAAUCCAAAACAUGGGCAAAGAGGUUAUCAGAAAGGAGUCUCCGCUAAACCUUGGUGACCGUAGCAGAUUAUGGUCUCAUGAGGAAGUUCUUGAAGUACUCAAAGACAACACGAUACCGGGAAGUAUAAAAAUUGAAGGAAUAAUGCUUGACCCCCCUGCUCAUGAAGAAGUGUGUAAUUGGAGUGAUAAUGCCUUCAAGAAGAUGGAAAAUCUUAGAAUUCUAAUUAUUCGGAAUACAUCAUUUCAAUCAGCUCCUAGUUGUUUGCCAAAUAGUUUACGGUUACUUGAUUGGAAGGGGUACCCAUCAAAGUCUUUUCCAGCUGAUUUUUAUCCCGAAAGAAUUGUUGAUUUUAAGUUACCUCAUAGCUCUCUGAUGCUGAAAAGGCCAUUUCAGAUAUUUGACGAUUUGACAUUCAUGAAUCUCUCUCAGUGUCAAUCCAUAACUCAAAUACCUGAUAUCUCAAGAGCCAUAAAUUUAAGAGUAUUGACACUUGAUAGAUGUCAUAAAGUGAAAAGAUUUGCUGAAUCCGUCGGAUUUAUGCCAAAACUUGCAUGUUUAAGUGCUUCAGAGUGUACAAUACUCAAAAGUUUUGUCCCAAGAAUGCACUUGCCAUCUCUCGAGGUUCUCUCCUUUAAUUUGUGCAAAAGACUUAAACACUUCCCAGAUGUAAUGCAAAACAUGGAUAAGCCAUUAAAGAUUUGGAUGAUAGGUACUGCUGUUAAGAGGCUUCCUAAUUCCAUUGGUAAUCUUACGGGGCUUGAAUACAUAGACAUGUCAUUUUGCAGAGGACUUGAUGAUCUAUCCAGCACCUUCUUCUUAUUGCCAAAACUUGCCACCUUAAGAAUUGAUGGUUGUUCUGAACUUAGAAAAUCAUUUAAAAGGUUCAAAGAUAUCCACUCAGUAGCGAAUGGCAGCUCGAAUUUGGUGAGACUGUACUUAAGUGAUGCUAAUCUAUCAGAUGAAGAUCUUCACAUAAUUCUUGAAAGUUUUCCAAAAUUGGAAGACUUGAAUGUGUCGCACAAUAAAUUUGCAUCUCUCCCAAAAUCAAUCAAAGGAUCUGUGCAUUUGAAAAGUCUUGAUGUGAGUUAUUGCAGGAAUCUUAUAGAAAUUCCAGAACUUCCAUUGAGCAUUCAAAAAGUAGAUGCAAGAUAUUGCGGAAGCUUAACUUCAAAGGCAUCAAGCGUGCUAUGGUCUAAGGUUUGCAAAGAGAAGAAAAGAAUACAAGUUGUGAUGCCAAAAACUAAAAUUCCAAAUUGGUUUGACUGUGUUGGCAAUGAAGAUAUUCCUCUUUUCUGGGCUCGCCGGAAGUUCCCUGUGGUUGCUUUAGCAUUGGUGUUUGCGGAAUCUGAAGAGAAUAUUGAGAUAGAGAAGGACACCUUCAUCUCCGACUUCUUUCCUAAACUGAUGUCAGAUGUGUCCUACACUGUUGGUCUGCAUAUAUUUAUUGAUGGUCAUGAAGUAUCUCGUAAGAAUUACCAUUACUGUAGUGUUGGGGAAAAUCACAUGUUAAUGUGUGACCUUAGGACUUUGUUCACCGAAGAAGAAUGGAAGGGUCUAGAUGCAUGCGUUGGAGAUGAUUGGAAGGCUGUUCAGGUUCAAUGUGAAUCACAGUUGACUUUGAGUUAUUGGGGAGUUUAUGUUUUCAAACAGAAAACAUUCACUCAUGAUAUUGAUAUCUCAUUCAAGCUUCCCAAUCUUAAUUCCUCUGGUGCGGACUAUGUGAAAUUGCUAGUGCCGGCAUCAUGUUUGGUUCCAAAAAGUUCUCCUCAGAUGUCUGGCCAAAUAAUGAGACACACAUUGGAAAAUACGAAUCCAAGAGAAAUAUUUGGCGAGUAUUUUCCUCUUUUAGAGUUUGUUGAAGAAACUCCGUGUUUUACAAUGUCACUGUUUAGGUCGUGGAUGAUUGCUAAGGUUGAUAAUAAAGGGGAAACUUCAGCCAUUGCCUUUGGGGGAAGUUUAAAGCAACAGCAUGAAGAAUCUAAUUGGGAUGUUGUGCGAUAUGUAGAGUUGAUGAUGAAGGAUAAGACUUUAAAACAGCUUGGUGAUAUGCAUGGUUUAAAAUUAGAUAACAAUGACAUACAAAUUCCGACACAAAUUCUGGAAGAAGUGUUGAUGGCAAGGGUAGAAUUUAUGAGGGAAAAAGGUCGUGAUGGGUUGGAUUUGGAUAUACCUAUUAUCCUUGAAGCGUGUCAUUUUGGGGAAGCUAAGAGUCGUCGCUAUUGGGGGAGGUUGCAAAUAAAAAACGGAGAUCAAAAUUUCAAAGUUGUGUUAAACAAGAUAUGCCAACUUGCAUUGAAAUUCUCGAAUGCAAAAAGAGCAGGUCUUAGGAUGAACAUUGUUCUAUUGAAAUGCCAGAAACCAUCGACAGAGAUAGCUUCAAAUUCAAGCUCUAGCUAUGAGGAAGAAUACUUUGAGGAAGAGUCCUAUGAUCCUGCUUUGGAAGAGUUGAUGAGCAUGAUAGAGGAGGAUGCUAUGCGGUUUAAUAAAUCCUUUGGGAAGUUGAAAGCAUCUAUUGUUCUAACAAAUACUGCUGAAAUAGUUUCUGACAAAAAUUUGUUGGAAUCUUUAUUUCUUAGAGGACAAGAAAAUUUGGCAGAAGGAAAUCCAGGAUGGGGAUAUUGGGAAAUGGGAUUGUUUGGAUUGGGAAUUUUGGGAUCUGGGGUUUCAGGAUCGGGAUUGGAAACUUUAGGAUCUGGGAUUUCAGGAUUGGGAAGGAUGGGAUCAAAUUUCAAGAAGACACAUUAUGGGAAGUUAAGGGUGGAGGAUGAACCUUUUCGCAUACUGUGGAGGAAAUGUUUUUGGGGUUUGUGUGAUGUUCUAAGUAAAUGGUCAUUUUAUUUCAUAGUAUAUGUGUGCCCUUAUUUUUAUAGGAUACCAAUAAUAAGGAAGUUAUUAGUGUGGGGUUGGUGGCUUGUCGAGUGGCCAUUUUGUUUCUUUGUAUGUGUGUGCCUUGAUUUUUACAGGAUACCAACACUAAGGAAGUUAUUACUGUUGGGUUGGUGGCUUGUCAAGAAAAUUUUUGUUCCCAGUAUAUGGUCAUUUAAUUUCUUUGCACGUGCGUGCCUUUAUUUUUAUAGGAUACCAACAAUAAGGAAGUUAUUAGUGUGGGGUUGGUGGCUUGUCAAGCAAAUUUUUGUUCCGAGUAUAUGGUCAUUUAAUUUCUUUGCACGUGCGUGCCUUUAUUUUUAUAGGAUACCAACAAUAAGGAAGUUAUUAGUGUGGGGUUGGUGGCUUGUCAAGCAAAUUUUUGUUCCGAGUAUAUGGUCAUUUAAUUUCUUUGUACGUGUAAUAAGAAAGUUAGUGUGGGGUGGUUGGUGGCUUGUCAAGCAAAUUUGUUUGUCUUGUAAAAAAUUACACAGGGGAAUUGCAGAUUCUUCUUUUGAAGAUCGUCAAAUUGCAUUCGGAGUUGCAAAAAGAAUAUUGAGGGCACGGGUAGAAUUAAUGAAGGAAAAUAGCAUGGACACUGGUAUGCCUAUUAUUCUAGAGUAUAUUGGUACAUCGGGCGCAACAAAUAGACACUUUUGGGGAACUGUGGAGAUAAAAGUGGGAGAUCCAUUUUACAAACCAUUGUUUAAGAGGCAAAACCAAAUUUCCGGGGGACUUGGGACGUCUGACUCUGACCAGAGGGUAAUCAUUGUUAAAUUGAAAUGUCAGCCCGCAAGUGAAGAGGAAGCUUCAAGCUCUCGCCUUGAAGAAUCCUUGGAGGACGGAAACUACAAUCCUGAAUUGGAAGAGUUGAUGAAGAUGAUAGAGCAAGAUGCUAUGAAAUUCAAUAAAUCUUAUGGGAAAAUGAAGGCAUCUAUUGUUCAAGCUGAUGAGUCAUUUUUUGAUAAUUAUCUAACGGAACCAUUACUGAUUCUAGGAAAAUUGACAAUGUUUGGAUCAGCGACCAAGUUCAAGGUCACACCUUAUGGUAAGAUGAGAGCUGCAGACGAACCUUUCCGCAUUCUGAGGACAUGUUUCUGGGGUUUGAUUUUUGUUAUGCUUGUCUUAUGUAUAUGGUCAUUUAAUUUAUUUGCACGUGUGUGCCUUUAUUUUUAUAGGAUACCAAUAAUAAGGAAGUUAUUAGUGUGGGGUUGGUGGCUUGCACAGCAAAUUUUUCUGUCUUGUAAAAAAUUAUACGGGGGAAAUGGCAAGAUUAUUGAGAGAAUAAAAGUGAAGGAAUUGUAGUGCAAUAGUGGUAGAAGGUCCAUAGCUUUGUCCAUAAGGGUUUGUAUCUGUCAACAGACUGAAAUAGUUGCACAGGCAGAUGAUUUGUGUUAAAUUGCAUUAAGGUAUGAUCCUUUAACAUGAAUACAUUCUCAUUUCAGGAA